AUGGCCUCAACAGAGGAGCCAGGCAGGCAACCCGCUGAUGCCGGUUCCAUUACCGCACCUGACGAGCCUUACAGCAUCUUUGACAAGCGGCAAAAGGCUCUGAUUGUUCUCAUCAUCUCUACCGCCGCGACUUUCUCCGGCUUUGCGUCCAACAUCUACUUCCCCGCCCUCCCGACGAUCGCCGACGACCUCAACGUCUCUGUCGAGCUUGUCAACCUCACGGUCACGACCUACCUCAUUUUUCAAGGCCUGGCACCGAGCCUCUGGGGCCCGAUUUCUGAUGUCCGAGGGCGCCGGCUGGCCUACUGCUGCACCUUCGUAGUCUUCCUUGGUGCCUGCGUCGGUCUCGCCCUGGCCAAGAACUACGCCACUGUCCUGGUCCUUCGAUGCCUACAAAGCACGGGAAGUGCCAGCACCAUCGCCAUAGGCUCCGGCGUCAUCGGGGACAUAACGACUCGUGCCGAACGUGGAGGGUUUAUGGGCAUUUUCCAAGCGGGACUGCUCGUACCGGUUGCCAUAGGGCCGGUGAUUGGAGGAGCCCUGGCGGGAUCCCUGGGCUGGCGGUCCAUCUUUUGGUUCUUGGCGAUCUACAGCGGAGUCUUUCUGCUGUGCCUGAUCGUGCUUCUGCCAGAGACCCUACGAUCAGUCGUCGGAAAUGGUAGCUUGAGGCCAUCGAAUCUUUUGACAAGAUAUCCACUUGGGCUUUAUCAGAAGAGCACCAAGGUUCCAUGGAGACGGGAAGCCGCAACGGACGCCACGGCUCGGAAACAUGUUGACCUCCUCGGGCCUUUACGAAUUCUGACGAAAAGGUCAGCCGCACCUAUCAUCAUGUGCCUGGCAGUCUACUACGCCGUCUGGCAGAUGAGCAUCACGGCCAUGUCAACGCUAUUCGAGGACCGAUACCAUCUCACAGAGACCGAAAUCGGUUUGACAUUUAUAGCGAAUGGUGUGGGAUCGAUGAUUGGAACCCUCAUCACGGGCAAAAUCCUUGACGUCGAUUAUCGUCGGGUAAAAGCCAAGCACGAAAGUCGCGCCGCUCACAUAGAGAACAACUUGUCUGUCUCCGAGCAAGAAGCCACCGAUGAUAUCUCCGACUUUCCCAUCGAAAAGGCCCGCCUACGGCUUGUGCCCGUAUUCGCCUGCAUCCAAGGCCUGUCCAUCCUGCUCUUUGGCUGGACCGUCGAGUAUCCAGAGCGUGUGCCUAUCGCGGUGCCAAUCGUGUCGACUUUCGUCACGGGAUGGACAGCUGUGUCGAUGCAGUCUGUCGUUAUGACGUAUCUAGUCGAUGUCUUCUCCAGCCAGAGUGCAGCAGCCAGUGCAAGUCUCAACCUGGCGAGGUGUCUUCUCGCUGCGGGAGGGACCAGCUUUAUCAUGCCUAUGGUCGAUGGUAUAGGGGUUGGCAUAGCUUUCACUGUCUGUGCUAUUGUUCAGGUUGUCUCUCUAGGUGGCAUAGUUGUCCAAUGGAAAUUUGCUGCGACGUGGAGGAAGCAGGACGAAGACGCGAAGGGCAACUGA